AACUGAAUUAAAGUAAACUAAAAAUAAAAUGAAAAGAACGGACCCUUAAUUAUCUUACCAUAAAACAAUAAAACAAAAGUUACCAUUAGUUCAGUUUCUUACCAUAGUUACCAAGUUAGUACCAUCACCAUCCAUCGGGAAAGUGAUAGUAGUAGAAAUGCACAAAAAUCAUCAACCCCAAAAUUUUCUUCCCACACCAAAAAUUGAUGCCAAUCAAAUCAGUCAAACAACACACCCAACGUUAAAUCCAAAGAUUAAAUCUUUUCCUCACAUUACAGAAUCCACUACCAACGCCAUUUUUUUCGUAGGCCCCAUUUCUAGUCCUCUCCUUUGACCAAACCCAUUAUUAUUUUUUUUAUUUUCACUCUUUUUAAAAAAAAAACUUUUUUUUUUUGUUAAUUUAUUUUUAAAAAAAAAAAAAUAUCCCCAAUCACAUUUUCCAACACCACAACAAUGGCAUCGGCUAUCCCUUGUUUGUUUACCACCCUGUAAAUGUCACACGUGUGGGGGUCCCCAACAGUCAGAAUAUAAACCCCCUUUCCCUUGUUCCACUUCCUUUCAAUUUUACCAAACUCUUUUUCCUCUUUUCUUCUCCAUUUUCAUUCCCCCCAAUUCUCCAAUGAGAGAGAAAAGAAUUCCCCCCAUGAUUCCCCUUGAGCCGUUAGACGCCGCCGGAAUCCAAAUCCCUUACCAUUUCCGAUGCCCCAUUUCUCUUGAAUUAAUGCAAGACCCUGUUACCGUCUGUACCGGUCAAACCUACGACCGCUCUAGCAUCGAAGCCUGGGUUGCCACCGGUAAUACCACGUGUCCGGUCACCCGGGUCCCACUUGCCGACUACUCCCUAAUUCCCAAUCACACCCUUCGUCGUCUUAUCCAAGAAUGGUGCGUUUCGAAUCGCUCGUUUGGCGUCGAGAGAAUUCCGACGCCUAAACAACCUGCUGACCCGUCGCUAAUCCGGUCUUUGUUAAACCAAGCUUCUUCCGGGUCUAACCCGGUUCACAAUCGGGUUUCCGCGUUGCGACGGCUUAGAGGAUUUGCUCGUGACUCUGAGAAGAAUCGGUCGUUAAUUGCUGCUCUUAAUGCCAAAGAUGUGCUCGUUUCGCUUCUUUUUAACUCGGACGAAUCAUCGGAUUCGUCCGAGUUAAAACACGAGUCGUUAGCUCUCCUUGCUAUCUUCCCUCCAUCCGAUAUUGUGUGUAGUUCAAUUGCUUCCGACCCCGACCGAGUCGGGUACUUGGUGAGCUUGCUGUUUCACCCGUCGUCAAUCGACGUCCGAGUCAACUCGGCCGCGUUGAUUGAGUCGGUAAUUGCCGGAACCAAGUCAACAGAUCUCAGAUCAUUUGUUUGCACCUCUGAUGAAAUUUAUGUUGGGGUAAUCUCGAUUCUCACAAACCCAAUUCCUUCCCCACGCGCGCUAAAAAUCGGUGUAAAGACGCUCUUCGCGCUGUGUUUAAGUAAGCAGCACCGCCAUAAAGCGGUGUCUGCUGGCGCGGUAAACGCGCUCAUCACGCGCCUCACAGAGCUCGACAAGUGCGACUGUGAGCGUGCGCUUGCCACCGUGGAGCUCCUGUGUAGGAUUCCACAGGGAUGUGCCGCGUUUGGGGCGCACGCGCUUACGGUCCCGCUAUUGGUGAAGACUAUACUUAAGAUAUCCGAUAGGGCGACAGAGUACGCUGCUGGCGCGUUGCUGGCACUCGCUUCCACGUCAGAGAGGUUGCAAAGGGAGGCGGUCAACGCUGGAGUUUUGACUCAGCUUUUGUUGUUGGUACAAAGCGAUUGUACUGAACGCGCUAAAAGAAAGGCACAAAUGUUGUUGAAAUUACUUCGUGAUUCUUGGCCAGAGGAUAGUAUGGGAAAUUACUCGGAUGAUUUUAAUUGCAGCGACGUCGGUCCGUUUUGAUAUCGAGAUUUUUUUUUUUUUUUUUUUUUUUUUUUUGAGGGAGUAUUUUUAUUCAUUGGAUUAUUAUUUUUGAUUAGGUGUAUUUUUAAAUUAUUGGAUUUGAUGGUGGAUAGGAAAAAAAAAUUGGGAGAGAAUUAGGUAGAUUUUAGAUGAAUGUAGGGGAUGGUACAGAUGUGGUUCUUAGUUUUUUUUUUUUUUUUUUUUUUUAUUUUUUUUUAUGUGUACGUAUUUUUAUUUUUUCACUGUCUUAGAAAAAAAUUGUAUCUAUAUUGUAAUUUUGCUUAUUAAAAAGUGUCAAGGUAACCUUAAA